UGUAUUAUAUAGAAUAUAACCCUAAUCUAUUAUAGAAUUCCCACUUCCCUUUUUAAGGUCCAACCCUUUUGGAAAAUGCAAAUCAGGACUUUCAGGGGCCAUAAAAAUAUAAAAUCUGGGGACAAAGUUCUUCCCAACCUGACUCCAGAGGAACCUUCUGGUCCUUCCUGCUCCGGGGCCGAAGGAAUUCCGGGAGAUUCCGGGACAUCGAUGGAUUCCGGGCUCUGGUGGUUGAUGUUGCUCCCAGUCCUGACAUUCCAGCACGGAUCCCACCUGGCCACAGGUCUCUCUGUGGGUUCUCCCGGGAUUCCCGUCGUCGGGAUCGUGGGGGAGCGGGUUGUCCUGCCCUGCCGGCUGAGCCAGGACCCCCUUCCCGAGGUUUUCUCCGUGCGCUGGGAAUUCCACGACGGUUCCCGGAGGAUCCCCGUGGGCGGUUUCGAUGGGAAGAGCCGAGAGGAGGAGUGGGACGGGAGGUUCCGGGGCCGGGGGGAGUUUUUCCCCAGGGAAUUCUGGGCCGGGAACGUGUCCCUGGGAUUGAGGAACGUCGGGAUCUCCGACCGAGGGUCCUACACCUGCCACGUGUCGGCCCCGGACGUGUCCCGGGAGGUGUCGGUGCAGCUGGAAGUGGCAGCCGUGGGCGACGUUCCCACCAUUGUCGUGAGGUCCCGGAGAAGGGACCUCGGCCUCUCCUGCCGAGCCUCCGGCUGGUUCCCGAAUCCCGAAGUCCUUUGGCUGGACGGCCAAGGGAAGGUCCGGGAGGGGUUUCCCAGCCCCAGGACGGCGCCGGAGCCGUCGGGGCUGUUCCGUGUCGACGCUUCCCUGACCCUCCCGCCCGGCUCCGACCUGGAAGUUUCCUGCAGGAUCCUCAACCCCCGGCUCAACGUCACCCGGGAAUCCCGGAUCCGCAUCUCGGAUAUUUUCCUCCCUUCCGUCUCCUCCUGGCUGAGCGGUUUCCUGGUGCUUUUGGGCCUCAACCUGCUCCUGAUUUCCGCUCUCUUUUGCCUCCUGAGGAGAAGCCACAGGAAAAAUGCCAGUGCAGUGAAAGUGAAGCUGGAAAGGGAAGAAGGUAAAAAAUCCCUCAGGAAACGGGAAAUGUCCAAUGUCAAAUAUUAGGAAAGUUCCCAAAUUGGGAAUUUUGGGAGCCAAAAUUCCGUGUCCUCUCUUUUCCAGAAAAAAAGAAGGUGAAGUCGCUGUUGGGUAAGAGAUUCCC